AUGCGGGAAAAUCAUAAGAAAGAUGCGAAGGCUCUAUUGUUUAUCCAAUCGGCAUUAGAUGAUGAGUUUUCCCCUAGAAUUUCCGCUGCAUCUUCCUCAAAGCAAGCAUGGGAGAUCAUCAAACAAGAGUAUUUUGGUGAUAAGAAGGUAAUUGCUGUAAAAUUACAAACUCUUCGUACACAAUUUGAGAGUUUAACAAUGACUAAGAAAGAAUCAUUUCAAGACUAUUUGUCUAAAGUAGUCUUAGGAUAUAUCUAUGAGUUGAUGAGUUCAUUGAUGGCUCAUGAGGAGAGAAUGGAUAAGUCUAUGGAUGAAAACGUCGAGGAGAAAGCCUUUCAAGUUAAGGGGCAAAUGUCGGGUGAUUGGUAUUAUGAUGAAGGUCGUGGCCGUGGCCGCGGUAUGGGUAGUCGUGGUUGUGGUCGUGAUGAAGGUGGUCGUGGUCGAUUCGAAGGACAACGUCAAUUCAUGAGUAGCAUUCAAUGCUACUAUUGCAAAAGAUAUGGUCACAAAGAAGAUAGGUUUUGGGAUAAACAACGUGAUGAGAAAGAGCAAGAGCAAACCAAUUUUGUUCAAAAUGUCGAAGGACAAGAAAGCAAGCUCUUCUAG